UCAACUGAUACUUGUGGCCCAUCACCGCCAUUUCUUCUCUUUCAUUCCGCUCCAAACAAUGAUAGAGCGGUCUUGCUCGUUCCGACACGGCGUAGCAUGCUAACGAUCUAAUCCGUCUGAAUCUGCUUUCCGUAGCUACCCAAUAUUGUUCGCGGAUUUUUAUUUUUAUUUUUUAUUUUUAAUUGCGGACCAAGCGCGUGUGCGCUCUUCUUGUUGCUCCCCAGCUUAUGCACCCACACCGUAGCGCCUUUGCUUACUCGCGGAUCACGAGUCACGAUUGACAUUCUCGUAAAACAGCUAGAUUUGUCAAACCGUUUCUCAGAUUCGUUUAUAGAUUCCUGAAAUCCGUUCCGUUAUUUUUAUUCGCCACCGUCCGUUUCUCCUUGUUCGAUCCGCUCCGCUGUCUGUCUCGUUGUUUCGUGGCCUAUACGCGGAGCGCUCUUCCAAUCCGAGCAUCGUUUCGCAAACUCGUUAUCAAUCCCGGCGCGCCGCUUGCACCGAUCCCCGAUUGCAGCGUUUAUAGUAUCGCAAGCUCGUUCCUUAUCGCGCACCCGAUCACCUGCGGAUUAUAAUCGGAUUAUCGUCUCUUAUCCGUCGCGCCGCUAGAAGCCGCGAUGAAGGUGACGGGGAUUCUGCUGUUUAGGGUUCCGCGAAUGGCGGGCAGCCAGCCGAUCCUAUUGGGCAGCACCAUGGACGUGUCGCACUUCUCCUUCUUCGAGCGAUCCACGGCGAAGGAGUUCAUUCUCUUCGCCUGUCGCACGAUCUCGCGAAGCGCGCCCUACAACCAGAGACAGACGGUCAAGGAACGAGAGUACGUGGUGUAUGUGGUGAACCAGAGCGGGCUGGUGGUGCUGGUGGUGGCAGAUGAGGCCUACCCCAGAGGGAGUGGCUUUGCUGUGUGCAAGAAGGUGGCAGAGGAGUACAUGGCAGCGGAGGGCGACCAGUGGAUGAGCAUACAGCAGGACAACAAGAAGUCCGUGCCGCUGCUCGAUAAGCUGCUCGUGCAGGCACAGGACCCAGCGAGUGUGGAUAAGAUCGCCAAAGUGCAGAGCGAGAUAGACGAGACCAAGAGGGCAGUGGAGACCACGAUUCACAAGAUGCUCAACAGAGGGGAGACGCUAGAGAACCUCGCGUCCAUGAGCAACGACUUGAGUGUACAGUCCAAGAUGUUUGUGAAGCAAGCCAAGGACAUCAACAAGUGCUGCACCAUCUUAUGAACCUCUCCCCUUCCCGACUUGACCGGUCCGCACCGGACUGGACCGGUUCGUUUGAUGUAGAUGAAGACGAAGGGGUGUGUACUUACAGUUACAGCUUCUACCGCCACUGUUGUCCUAAUUACGGUACAGUAUGCCAUCAUUUAUGGAUGUCUUCUUGUCUCGCUUGCCCUGGUAUGGAUCAUGGCUCUCUAUUGAGUGAGCCAAUUUAAGAGUUCUGUUCGUACGUAGUAUAAGAUCUCAAACACUGUUAAAAGCCACAUCAAGGACGGCUAUGGUGAGGUGACACUGUCAAACAUGUGUAUGUGUCAUGUUUGUAUAGAUUGUAUAGGGUCGCCUCUUAGAGGGUACAAUUCAUAGGUAUAUC